AUGUCCGCUCUCUGCGAUUCCGCCUGUGCCUUGCUCUCUGCGAUUCCGCCUGUGCCUCGCUCUGCUGACUUCGUCGGUAGGGUUUACGACCGUCUCUCUUCUCUUCUGGCUCCUUGGCCUGUAGUCUCCGUCAGCUUUAUAGCCAAACAGUGCAUGGCACUUGUUACGGUCGGAUGA